AUGUCGCACGUUCAGAAUGAAAGCCCUACCACAAUUGACGCCAACACCGAACUUCUUUGGCCUGACGACUUGCCCGACGCUCCUCAGUUCCAAGAGGCGAACAAUUCGCCUAAGACUUCGACUUGUACAGAACUUGAGAGUGAUGAGAGUCGACACUGGACCGAGAUCAUGGCUGAGCAAGCUGCACGACUUUCUGUUGUCAGAAGACUUUCAGUGAAACGAUGGGCCGAGCCUCUGUAUAAUCAUUUGCCAAACUCAGAGAUCAACUGGGAACUGGAUGGUCCACACACAGUGUGCCGUGUCGUUGGCCUGUCUUGCUACGGCCGAGAUUACAAGAAGGUACAUGGCCUGAAAGUCCACCUGGGCUCAAAACCACAUCGUGCCUCACCGGCCCUGAGUGUUGCUGCUGUACCGAAGCGAGCGACAGAUGAACAAAUCUCACCAGUGCCCCCAAAGAAAUGUCGACUGAAGCAUACAAUUGAGACCACGGCUGGUGAGAAUCUCACGUUGGAGUUGAAACCAUGGGAGGAGGUUUUGGAGCAGCACGAGAGAGCGUUGAGAUACCCUCCGUGGCGCGAGAUACCAGAUUCAGAUGAGGAUUCAGACAAUGAGGCGCUGGCGUAA